CGUUCCUUUAAUUCUCGAAAUCAUUUUUCUGUUCCUGCACCUCGCCGAGUUGUCAGUGCAUCCCUACGCUGGCUCCCUCGAACGUCCUGCGGAGCCUCAAGCCAGGCGACCAAUUACUCUCCUUUGGUCGCGUUCGCUCCGUUUCGACCGUCUCUUUGUCUCGUCUGGUCGGCUUUCCCUGUUGCAUUGCUACCGCUCCCUCGACCCUCCAGCAACUUUGGGCUUCUUCUAGUCUAUCUGGAAUCCAACAGUAUGGUACAGAAAUAUUUGCAUCUGCGACCGCUGUAGCUGCUGCCCGCGACUUCUUCACACCUCAUCCGAGAUUUGACUGGCGGCCGCGUGCUCGUUCGCAGCUGAAGUCAAGUACAGUAUCUGCUUCUCAAGUAACUAGACUUGACGGCUCUUCUGCGAAGAGAAAGGCAAUGCGUGCUGCUCCAUCACACAUUGAUCUUUACGAGGGAGAGCCAUUCUUCGAGGAGAUGAAGACGUACCCGGAGCACUUCUUACCCCUAAUAGAGUAUGAACAACAGUCGGACGAGGCAAUACUACGAGAACGACUAAGCACCUGGUCAUUAGAGAGAUUGCAACAAGAAGGCUACUGCAUAACAGACCUAUCCGCCUACUGGCUUGACCCUGGUUCUACGAACUCAGGGAUGGGACGGUUUGUAGCGAGCUUUUUCUUGGGUCCAGGAAUCACCCUCCCUGCUGAACAUCGCUUUGAGCGCGGGACGCAAGUCCUCGCAACGCAUCUCGACCCAUUGCGGGAAGUGCCUCAAAGGGGGAGCGUCCUCAGCUUCACAGAAACCCAAUUAAGAAUAUCAUUCCAGGAGAAGUUCAGCCUUGGCAAUGGACAGCCUUGGAGGCUUGACGUGACAUCCUCUGCCCUUGCAUAUCAGCGCAUGAGAGCUGCCAUUCAACGUCUGAAUUAUGAUCCUGCUCAGCAAUUCCGCGAUUCAAUCGUUGUUUCACAUCGCCACUCUCCUCUAUCACCGUCCGUCAGCGAGCCGAGUGAUAGAGAAAUCAUUCUUCAUGGAUCGUACCUCCGAGACUUAUUACUGCGUGGCUUUCGCUCGCCCAUAUCUCCGACCCCUAUCACUUCGUUUUGCCCACAACCGAACAUGUUCACGCCAGAUGCUCAUCUCACUUCAUGGGCGCGACGCUAUGCUAGGCCAAACCCCGUCGUUAUACCGGGAGACCCGGACUUGAAGACGCGAGGGUUGAACGAUACGCAGAUCAGGGCUGUAGCCAUCAUGCUUGGCGGCAUGUCUGGGCCCAUCCCUAAGCCACCACCCUCUAGUGAAGAGGACAUCUCCGUCAGCGACGAGGGGCGUUAUGGUCUAGAUCAUACCGUAAUGCCCCGCGAGGGCGAGCGACGCAUGGCUCUUGUCUUGGGUCCUCCUGGAACCGGCAAGACGAAGACGAUUAUUGAAGCCGUCCGGCUGCUAAAGCAGCAUUUUGCCAUCCCCUAUCCUGUGCUUCUCUGUACCUACACGAACGUCGCAGUCGACAACCUGGUUGAAGGCCUCGUCCGACAGACAUCACACGUCGAGCUUCCGGGACGAGCGAAGCCAGCACCCCCACAACUUCUUCGCGUCGGUUCUCCGGGCAAGGUCCGGCCGUCGCUUGAGCGGUACACCCUUGAGGCUCAGGUGGCGGUUCAUGCACUAGCGCCUAAGCUCGAGAAGUUGAGUGAGCGAGCCACCGAGCUUGCCAGGAAGAUCAAGGACCUCUCGACGAAGAUCGGCGAAACCCACGCGAAAAUGGGCUCCUCAAAUUCUGUAUCGACGCCUAUGCACGACGUACAUGAACAAGGUGUAUCACUUGCGACUGUCAACGUCGUCGGUCAGGGUAUCGGCAGCGGGCGCACCGGUGGUCGGGCGAAGGGCUUACAAGGGCGGUUAGAGGCGAUGGAGGCGGACAAGCUGUUCCUCGAGAGGCAGCGUGCAGGCUGCGACAAGAAACACUACGCCGUCUGGCGAGACAUAUUGACAGACGUGGUAUCCAGGGCUGACAUCGUCUGCACGACGUGCAUCUCUUCAGCGUCGUCUGCGCUCGACGUUGUUGAUUUUCCCCUCGUAUUCAUCGACGAGGCAAGUAUGUCGACAGAGCCUGCAUCGCUCAUACCACUGAUGAAAGGCUCACAGCACGUCGCUUUCAUUGGGGAUCACAAACAACUGCCGCCCGUCAUCACGAGCCCGGAAGCUCAAGCAGGGGGCCUUGGUGUGUCGCUAUUUGAACGACUAUCCGAGGAGAACUUCCUUCCGUCGAUUAUGCUCGACAUCCAGUAUCGUAUGCAUCCAACAAUCUCUUGCUUCCCUUCGCAUGAGUUCUACGAUCGUGAGCUGCGCGACGGCACUGUCGACGAGACCGGUAAGGUCGUGCCAGGCCUCGUUCCUCCUGAGUCGAGAAUUUAUCAAGAGCUGCAAACAUCACUGAGAGCCUCGUCGGCGGGAUUGAAUACUAACCUCAGGCAUCUCGGCGCGGAUGGUCGGCCGUCGGUUGUGUUCCUCGACCAUGUCGGUGCCGAGAGCGCGAAGGACCGGAGCCGUGUCAACUGGAACGAAGUACACAUCGUCUGUAGUCUCGUAGAGGAUCUCAUGCUCCGGAAUCCAUUGCUACCUGGCAGUCAGAUCGGCAUCAUUGCGCCCUACGCUGCGCAGAUCACCCUCCUCACGCGGCUGCUCACAAUCGACAAAAAUUAUGCAGAGCGAUUCGAGAGCGUGCUCGGCCCGCAACGCGCGAUGGACCUCGCGAACGUCGAGAUCAAGACCGUUGACGGCUUCGAGGGCCGCGAGAAGGAGGUCAUAAUCUUUUCAACCGUGCGCAACAACUCGAACGGCCACAUUGGCUUCCUCGCAGACAGGCGGCGGCUCAACGUUGGCCUUACACGCGCGAAGCGCGGGUUGUUCGUCGUCGGGAGCAUCAGUACGCUCAAAAUUGGCAAGGGCAGGAUCUACGCCGCGCAGGCGGCGGGUGUCGAGGGCAUCGAAGCGGCCGAGGAUCUCAAAGUACCCAGCGAGGACGGAAAGGACGCUACGGCAGUGGCAGCGUCCCCUGCGACUGCGCCGGUGAAGAAGAGGAAGAGAGCGUCGAAAACGAGCAAAGGAGCCGAGGCAUGGCAUAACUACAUGGCGUUCCUUCAGCGCGAACAGCUCGUCGUGAGGCUCAACGGCGACCGGCUCCAGAGGCUGCUGCGAGGCAACGUUGAGGAGGUCAUCGGCCUAGAGGAAAUGUAUCUGAGAAUGCAGGAGCUUGAGAAUGCGCGGUUGCUAAUGGGGGUUUAGAUUGCAUUUGUUUAUCUUGUCUUGUCGUUCCCGUUGCUGUUCAGUCGAUGCUUUCGUUUGCUUAGGUAGAUCGCACGCAUAAUGUACUCGUAGUGCACUCUAGACAACAUCAUCCCAACUUAGUGCUCAUUCUUAUCACGUCAUGAUGGACUGCC